UAAAAAGUUGAGUAAUAUUGUUUUCGUCCUGAAUAAGUCUUGCAUUAUUUCUUUCUGAGUGGGCAGGGUUUGCGUCGUUCCACAGCACGAGGCGGUAUUUGUUCCGAUAUUUCUCUUCGCCAUUGUUUCUCCCACCGUCAGGUGCCUUCUCCAUAUACAUCCAAUUGUGUGCCCGGCCUUUCUUCUGGAUUGGUUAUGAAGAGCAUGUUUGCCGAAAGUGCCAAAUACUGGACGCGCCGGCCCAAGGCCUAUCAAGAGCAGAAAUGGGUUUCUGAGCAGUUAGAUGAUAUCGCGAAACGGGCCCAGGUCGAUCCCAAUCGCACCAGCUACAUGAUGCCGCAAAAAACCUCAUCGUGUCCUUCUAUCAUGCUAAACCUCCCGCGGGUUCCUAUUGAGACCACUCAGUCCCUACACCCGGUACAAAAGGGACCUCACGACCCGCAACGAGUUUGCUUGCAUUGUGGACGCUGUCUGUAUUGCAACACGCUCGUCCUUGGAGACAAAUAUCGAACCGGGUUCACUUGCAACCACCCGGAUAUCUGGAGACCAGGACGCAUCACUCCGGAGACACCGUGUGAGCUCGCUGCACAAAUUGAGAAGGAUUAUGAGCCCCGCUUAAUUACCCAGGCGAAUAGGAGGCUGGCUGGUGAUCUCGAGCCCAAUGAUCAGGAAGGAAGACUAUUCCGGGUUGGAGAUAGGCCCAACUUCAGGUUGCUAAGACUGCAAAGGCGAGGCGGUCUCUAUGACCCUGAUCGGCCGCCUCCCGCUCGAACACAAUCCGCUCCAGGGGCAAUCCGUUUCUAUUCGUCGGCUGCGAAUCUCCAAAGUGGCACCCGAUCUCGAUCGAAGAUGCAGGAAACCUCUUCUUCGCGAAGCAAGGGGUCAUCAAAGUCGCCGAAGCAAAAGCAAAAGCCAAGGCAAUCGGAUUCCUAUGCGCAACAUCGCCCGUCACGUAGGUCACAUCAGCCUUCCUCAUCCUCCAUGGGAGAACGACGUCAUGCAGGGCACCGGACAUCGAGUUCGGAGGAAAUCAAAAAGGAACCGCUCGAAGAGCAAAUCGUGGACAUAUUUUCAUCACCAUGGCCGCCGCAUUGGCAAGUACCUUUCCAUCUAGACAUAAGCAACGAGCCACGAACCGAGUGUAGCUGGAAAUCUCAAGGCAAACGAGUAGUACGCGAUGAAUCCGACCAGCAUUUCGAUUCUUCGGAUUCUCGAGUGCGGAGAAUGAGAUCCGUGCGGUUCCCGGUUGUGAGUCGCAUCAGACAAUCGUUCAAGAAAAGUUCCAGCAGUCCUAUUCAGUCUAGCAUGGAGUAUCACUCGGAUGAGGAACCGGCAUCGGAUUCUGAAAACGUUUCCGCUUCACACUCGGCUUGUAUUCUCGCGCCUGCCAGUGAACCAUCGUGUCCUGCAACCGGUAUCCGAUUCGUUUCUACGGAUCCGUUACAUCCUCCACGGACCCCCCGGGCAGCGUCAUUAAAUUGGCCCAUUUCACGCAGCGAUAUUACUGGGAAUUACAGGCAAGGAACCCCUGAAUCCGUUCUGGAACCGAAAUUCGAACUUCGCAGGAAAUCACUGGCCAGGGCCUUUAGAGAACGGUCACGAUCGAUGCCGCCGGCGGUCAUACGUGUGGAGUCCAAAGAGCUGCGGCGACGGGGUAUAAUAGAAACUAGGGACCGAAUCACUCUUCAUCACCCAAAACCUGUGCAACCCUGCAGGACACUGGCAUUACGGGAUGAGGCUGGGCCGAGCAAGUCCGGGCCGGUUGAGAAGACCAGAUCAGUUAUGGUUCCUGCUAUCAGGAUAAAAUAUCCCUCACCAAAAUACAGGAUCCCAACACCCCCGACUGGCGCUACUCGUAUCCAUACGCCUCCUAUGUUCAAGAAGAAAUGGACCGGAACCAGGGGCAGCAUCUUUGGCGGAUUCUUCUUUGAUUUGAAAAAGUGGUCUUCAGUCGGCGAGGUUAAGGAGAGAGAUCGUUCCAACCACUUGAACACAAAGGGGAGAGAAGACGAUUUCUUCCGGCGUAAAGUAGAAGACGUGAUGGGAGAGGAGAUGGGAGGUGAAGCGUUCGAGCACUGGAAAUCGGAGUUCGAAUGGAUGAUACCCGACCAUUUACCCAAUUCUCCCCUCUGCCCUUUAUCACCUAAGAAUACGUGGUGGCCUGGUAUGAUUUGUCUCUGGCAUGGUAGGAAGAACACCAGCGGUGAAACGGUUCCCUGGCAGAACGAUGAACUCGUUUCGUUCCUUAGUCUCCCCUAGGGUUCACUGCCGGUGAACCGGUGCCUUCAUUGACCGUGGGAACUUCACGAUAUAUGACUGCUACUGAUAGACCGUCCAAAUGCAAAAUCCCGUCCGUUUCUGAUUGCCAGCAGCCAUAAACACCGUGAUUAACAGUAUGAGGAAUUGAAAUCCUACGCAGAGGGCAUAUGUUUGAAAGUUAAAUGUGUAGUUAUACUUACUCGACACUUCAAUUCCUAGAUAUUGGUAUUGCAAUCAAAUUGGGGCAAGCAUGAUGCGAA